AUUGGUCCCAUUUUAAAAGAAGAUCCGGCCAUACUAUUUUUAGCUUGCUUUUUAGUUCCGUCGGAGUGCCUUUGAAUAUCAGUCCAGCGACUCUCUGUGGCUGUUUUCCUCCAUUAAAAUUGCUCUUUAUUCCCAGCUUUUAGGUGAGGUGUAGAAGGUCUCAGAGGUUUGGAAAUAACGCCAGGAAAAAAAAAUCGAUCCGCGGAGUGAGACGGUCAGCACCACACAGCAGAGCAAGAUGGUGGUUGUAAAACCGAAAGCCCCGGUGGUUGGUAAACCGCUACUGGAUUAAACUUAGCAUUAAGGACCGACAUGGAACCCGGAUCUGACGAGUUCCUUCCCCCGCCGGAGUGCCCGGUGUUUGAGCCUAGCUGGGCUGAAUUCAGCGACCCGCUGGGCUACAUUGCGAAAAUCAGGCCCAUAGCCGAGAAGUCUGGCAUCUGCAAAAUCCGCCCACCCGCAGACUGGCAGCCUCCCUUUGCAGUAGAAGUUGACAAUUUCAGAUUUACUCCUCGCAUCCAAAGGCUAAAUGAACUGGAGGCCCAAACUAGAGUGAAAUUGAACUAUUUGGAUCAGAUUGCAAAAUUCUGGGAAAUUCAAGGCUCUUCCUUAAAGAUUCCCAAUGUGGAACGGAGGAUCUUGGACCUCUACAGCCUUAGUAAGAUUGUGAUGGAGGAAGGUGGCUAUGAAGCCAUCUGCAAGGAACGUCGGUGGGCUCGAGUUGCCCGGCGUCUCCACUACCCACCAGGCAAAAACAUUGGCUCCCUGCUACGAUUGCAUUAUGAACGAAUCAUAUACCCCUAUGAAAUGUUUCAGUCUGGUGCCAGCAAUGUGCAGUGUAACACACACCCAUUUGACACUGAGGUAAAAGAUAAGGAAUAUAAGCCCCAUAGCAUCCCCUUUAGACAGUCUGUGCAACCUUCAAAAUUCAGCAACUACAGUCGACGGGCAAAAAGGCUACAGCCUGAUCCAGAGCCUACAGAGGAGGACAUUGAGAAGAAUCCAGAGCUAAAGAAACUACAGAUCUAUGGGCCAGGUCCCAAAAUGAUGGGCUUAGGCCUCAUGGCUAAGGAUAAGCAUAAGACUAUUUGUAAGAAAGUUACGAUAAAAGAUGAAGAAAGUAGAGAUGGGAAAGUGUCAUCAACACUGUCGAAGCCACCCUUGAACCUAGACCCCUGCAUUAAGACGACCAUGCAGCUACGAAAGAAUCACAGCAAUGCCCAGUUUGUUGACUGUUAUGUUUGCCAGAUAUGCUCCCGUGGGGAUGAAGAUGAUAAGCUGCUUUUCUGUGAUGGCUGUGAUGACUGUUACCACAUCUUCUGCUUGUUACCACCCCUUCCUGAAAUCCCCAGAGGCAUCUGGAGGUGCCCAAAGUGUAUCUUGGCAGAGUGUAAACGGCCUCCUGAAGCUUUUGGAUUUGAACAGGCUACCCAGGAGUACACUUUGCAGAGUUUUGGUGAAAUGGCUGAUUCCUUCAAGGCUGACUACUUCAGUAUGCCUGUACAUAUGGUGCCUACAGAACUUGUGGAGAAGGAAUUCUGGAGAUUGGUGAGCAGCAUUGAGGAAGAUGUGACAGUUGAAUAUGGAGCUGAUAUUCAUUCUAAAGAAUUUGGCAGUGGCUUUCCUGUCAGCAAUAGCAAACAGAACUUAUCUCCUGAGGAGAAGGAUUAUGCAACCAGUGGUUGGAAUUUGAAUGUGAUGCCGGUGCUAGAUCAGUCUGUUCUCUGUCACAUCAAUGCAGACAUCUCAGGCAUGAAGGUGCCCUGGCUUUAUGUGGGCAUGGUUUUUUCAGCAUUUUGUUGGCAUAUUGAGGAUCACUGGAGUUACUCUAUUAACUAUCUGCACUGGGGUGAGCCGAAGACGUGGUAUGGCGUACCCUCAGUAGCAGCGGAGCAUUUGGAAGAAGUGAUGAAGAGGCUGACACCUGAGCUGUUUGAUAGCCAACCUGACCUCCUUCACCAGCUUGUCACUCUCAUGAAUCCCAACACUCUAAUGUCCCAUGGUGUGCCAGUUGUCCGCACAAACCAGUGUGCAGGGGAAUUUGUCAUCACUUUUCCUCGUGCUUACCACAGUGGCUUUAACCAAGGCUAUAAUUUUGCCGAAGCUGUCAACUUUUGCACUGCUGACUGGCUACCUACUGGACGCCAGUGCAUUGAACACUACCGCCGGCUUCAGCGCUAUUGUGUCUUCUCUCAUGAAGAGCUUAUCUGCAAGAUGGCUGCCUUCCCAGAGAAGUUGGAUCUGAAUCUAGCAGUGGCUGUACACAAGGAGAUGUUCAUCAUGGUUCAGGAGGAGCGACGUCUACGAAAGGCCCUUUUGGAAAAGGGCAUCACGGAGGCUGAGCGAGAGGCUUUUGAGCUGCUCCCAGAUGAUGAACGCCAGUGCAUCAAGUGUAAGACCACAUGCUUCUUGUCUGCCCUGGCCUGCUACGACUGCCCAGAUGGCCUUGUAUGCCUUUCCCACAUCAAUGACCUGUGCAAGUGUUCUAGUAGCCGACAGUACCUACGGUAUCGGUACACCUUGGAUGAGCUCCCCACCAUGCUGCAUAAACUGAAGAUUCGGGCUGAGUCUUUUGACACCUGGGCCAACAAAGUGAGAGUGGCCUUGGAGGUAGAGGAUGGCCGUAAGCGCAGCUUUGAAGAGUUAAGGGCACUGGAAUCGGAGGCUCGUGAGAAGAGGUUUCCUAACAGUGAGCUGCUUCGGCGACUAAAGAACUGUCUGAGUGAGGUGGAGGCUUGUAUUUCUCAAGUCCUGGGACUGGUUAGUGAUCCGGUGGCCAGGAUGGACUCUCCACAUCUGACCUUGACUGAGCUCCGGGUACUUCUUGAGCAGAUGGGCAGCCUGCCCUGUGCCAUGCAUCAGAUUGGGGAUGUCAAGGAUAUCCUGGAACAGGUGGAGGCCUACCAAGCUGAAGCUCGUGAGGCUCUGGCCUCACUGCCAUCUAGUCCAGGGCUAUUGCAGUCCCUGCUGGAGAGGGGCAAGCAGCUAGGUGUGGAGGUGCCUGAAGCCCAUGAGCUUCAGCAGCAGAUGGAGCAGGCACAAUGGCUAGAUGAAGUGAAACAGGCCCUGGCCCCUUCAUCCCACAGGGGCUCUCUGGUCAUCAUGCAGGGGCUUUUGGUUAUUGGUGCCAAGAUAACCUCCAGCCCUGCUGUGGACAAGGCCCGGGCUGAGCUUCAAGAAUUGCUGACCAUUGCAGAGUGCUGGGAAGAAAAAGCUCAUUUCUGCCUGGAGGCCAGGCAAAAGCAUCCACCGGCCACACUGGAAGCCAUAAUUCGUGAGACAGAAAACAUCCCUGUUCACCUGCCUAACAUCCAGGCUCUCAAAGAGGCUCUGACUAAGGCACAAGCGUGGAUUGCUGAUGUGGAUGAGAUCCAAAGUGGUGACCACUACCCCUGUCUGGAUGACUUGGAGGGCCUGGUGGCUGUGGGCCGGGACCUGCCUGUGGGGCUUGAAGAGCUGAGACAACUAGAGCUGCAGAUAUUGACAGCACAUUCCUGGAGAGAGAAGGCCUCCAAGAUCUUUCUCAAGAAGAAUUCUUGCUACACGCUGCUGGAGGUGCUCUGCCCAUGUGCAGAUGCUGGCUCAGAAAGCACCAAGCGUAGCCGGUGGAUGGAGAAGGAGCUGAGUUUGUACCAGUGUGACACAGAGCUGCUGGGGCUGUCUGCAGAAGACCUCAGAGACCCAGGUUCUGUGAUUGUGGCCUUCAAGGAGGGGGAACAGAAGGAGAAGAAGGGUAUCCUGCAGCUGCGUCGUAUCAACUCAGCCAAGCCCAGUCCACUGGCACCACACCCCAUGGCCUGCUCUGCAACUUCUAUCUGUGUGUGUGGGCAGGUUCCAGCUGGGGUGGGAGCUCUUCAGUGUGACCUGUGUCAGGACUGGUUCCAUGGGCAAUGUGUCUCGGUGCCCCGUCUCCUCAGCUCUCCAAGGCCCAAUCUCACCUCAUCUCCACUGCUGGCCUGGUGGGAAUGGGACACAAAAUUCCUGUGUCCACUGUGUAUGCGCUCACGACGGCCACGCCUAGAGACAAUCCUAUCCUUGCUGGUUGCCCUGCAGAGACUGCCUGUCCGGCUGCCUGAGGGUGAGGCUCUUCAGUGUCUCACAGAGAGGGCCAUUGGCUGGCAAGACCGUGCCAGAAAGGCUCUGGCCUCUGAGGAUGUGACCGCUCUGUUGCGACAGCUGGCUGAGCUUCGCCAGCAGCUAGAGGCCAAACCCAGGCCAGAGGAGGUCCCCGCCUACACUUCAGCCAUUGCCUUUGACCCUAUCAGAAAAGGCAGUGGCAACACUAUGUCUCAGGUCCAAGGGCUGCUGGAGAAUGGAGAAGGUGGGACCAGUCCUGAGAACAUAGCUCCAGCGAAGGGCUCUGAUAACACAGACCUGGAGCUACUGUCCUCACUGUUGCCGCAGUUGACUGGCCCUGUGUUGGAGCUGCCUGAGACAACCCGGCUGCCCCUGGAGGAACUCAUGAUGGAAGGGGACCUGCUCGAAGUAACCCUGGAUGAGAACCACAGCAUCUGGCAGCUGCUGCAGGCUGGACAGCCUCCAGACUUGGAGAGGAUUCGCACUCUUCUGGAGCUGGAAAAGCUUGAACAUCAAGGGAGUCGGACAAGGAGCCGGGCUCUGGAGAGGCGACGACGGCGACAGAAGGUGGAUCAGAGUAGGAAGGGUGAGGAUCUUGUUCAAGAGGAGCUGCAGUCAAAACGGGCUCGGAGCUCCUUGAUUAAAUCUGAGGAGGGCCAAGGAAGAGAACAUUUACAAGAGAAAGCAGACUGUGAAAAUAUGUUCCUGACACCUUCCGCAGACCACAUCCCCUUCUCGAAAGGAAACCAGAAUAGCUUAUAACACAAGGAUUCAGGCUCCUCAGCUUCUUGUCCUUCAUUAAUGCCUUUGCUACAAUGCUCCUUCUCUCAUCAUCAAGAGUUGUGAUAGUAGCACCAAAGGUUGUUUGUGGUUGUUUUUGUCUGUUUCAUAAAUCCCACUGCCUCCAUGCCUAUACCUCAGAAGGAGUUUAUUUCCUACCUAGAAUUUUUCACUGCCAAUUUUUGAUAUCUUCACUCCUAGAGUGAUUGUUUAAAGCUUGGUUCUUAAAGUCCAUGAACUGAUGGCCAGAAGUGUCUUGCCAGCAGCAUUCCUGCUAGCAUACGAAAGUGGUUUCCUAUGCCAGUUUCAUUCUAGUCUGAAUAAGGGCAAAGAAUCUUGAGAAAGGCCAAAGUGCAUACCUUUAUUUCUUACCUGCCCCCAACUCCACAACCCACCACCCUGCCCCUCCCUGAUCCUCUAUUUCUGUACUCCUUUUUCUUUUUUUUUUUUUUUUUUUUGGUCCCUGUGUCUUUAAAAUAUUUUGGUGCUUCAAAACUUGUACCUUCAUUCUACUUCCUUUUCUUUUCUCCCCUGGGUCAUACUGUAAAAGAAGAUAGUGUAUGGUGUAAUUACUUGUAAAGACCAAUAAGAACAGAGUAAAACAAAAAUUUCAUCACUCUA